UGCUUGUUACUAGCCUCCUUGGGACUCAUAAGCAGUACUCGGAAGCAAAGUGUUCAGUGUCAGGCUCAGUGUUUUACUGUUCGUUGGGACUGAAGAGACCAGCUGGAUUUGACCUAACUGCAGUAAAUAUGCUUUCACCACGUAACCUUGCCCUGUUUUUGUAGUGUUGGCUCUGCUGGAGAAAGGAAAUUGAGAAUGGGCCAUCAACAAUGCUAGGUCUACAAUGGGAAGUGUCACACUUCGCUAUUUCUGCUAUGGGUGCCUUUUCACAUCUGUGACCUGGACGCUUCUGCUCUUUGUGUAUUUCAACUUCAGUGAAGAAACCCACUCUUUCAAGAAUGUGCCCGUCAAGGGGCUGGAACCUCAAAAGCCAAUUCCUAAAAAAUUCUAUCCCCGGUUCACUCGGGGUCCCAUUCGCAAACCCGAGCCACAGAAGAAAGGAGGCAAGAUAGGGAAUCCAUUGGGGAAUCAUGAACAGGACCCAGUGAAGGGAGACAUAGAUUUUUCUCCUGAAAUGGGCAUGAUUUUUAAUGAGCAUGAUCAGGAGGUGAGAGACUUGGGCUAUCAGAAACAUGCCUUCAAUGUGCUGAUCAGUAACCGGCUGGGAUACCACAGAGAUGUGCCAGACACCAGGGAUACAAAAUGUAAAGAAAAGUCCUACCCUUCUGAUCUACCUUCUGCUAGUGUUGUUAUCUGUUUCUACAAUGAAGCACUUUCUGCCUUGCUUCGGACAAUACACAGUGUCCUGGAUCGCACGCCAUCAUAUCUUCUUCAUGAAAUUAUCCUGGUGGAUGACAACAGUGAAUUUGCUGAUCUGAAAAAAGACCUAGAUGAAUAUGUUCAGAAAAACCUUCCAAAAAACACCAAGCUGGUAAGAAAUGAAAAACGUGAGGGUCUGAUUCGAGGAAGAAUGAUUGGAGCAUCUCAUGCUACAGGAAAAGUGCUGGUGUUCCUGGACAGUCACUGCGAGGUGAAUGAGGUGUGGUUGCAACCUUUACUGACUCCAAUCGGAGAAGAUCGCAAGACAGUGGUGUGCCCUGUGAUUGACAUAGUCAGCGCCGAUACACUUACCUACAGUUCUUCUCCAGUUGUGCGUGGAGGGUUUAACUGGGGCCUGCACUUUAAAUGGGAUCUUGUUCCUUUGUCAGAACUAGAAGGACCCGAGGGAGCUACUGCUCCAAUCAAAUCACCUACCAUGGCAGGAGGAUUGUUUGCUAUGGACAGAGAAUACUUUAAUGAGCUUGGACAGUAUGACAGUGGCAUGGAUAUUUGGGGAGGUGAAAAUCUGGAGAUAUCAUUUCGGAUCUGGAUGUGUGGGGGCAGACUACUAAUCAUCCCUUGCUCCAGAGUGGGACACAUUUUCCGUAAGAGGCGCCCAUAUGGCUCCCCUGGGGGGCAGGACACCAUGGCACACAACUCUCUGCGUCUGGCACAUGUGUGGAUGGAUGACUAUAAGGAACAAUAUUUUGCCCUAAGACCUGAACUAAGGAUCAGAAGCUAUGGAAACAUUACUGACCGUGUGGAGUUGAGGAAAAAAUUGAACUGCAAGUCAUUUAAGUGGUAUUUAGAUAACAUCUAUCCAGAGAUGCAAGUGUCUGGGCCCCAUGCCAAAGCUCAGCAACCGGUAUUUAUUAAUAGAGCACAAAAACGACCAAAAAUAAUCAAACGUGGAAGGUUGUAUCACCUUCAAACCAACAAGUGUCUGGUUGCCCAGGGUCACCCAAGUCAGAAAGGAGGACUAGUAGUGGCUAGGGAAUGUGACUACAAUGAUCAAAACCAGGUGCUGUCUAUGGAAACUGAGGAUCCCAUCACAUUGCCCAGUCUUGGUUUGGCAGUCUUUGUUACUCAGUGUGCAUCGUCAGGAGCUGCUCAGUGGGCUUCAUCUCUGUUACUGUGAGGUGCAUAUGGAUCAUGGACAGUCCUUUUUCAACCCCGGGUGGAAAGAUUGCUAUUCCACCAACCCCUACAAGCUGCUAUAGAUAGCUGUAAACUACUUCUCUACACUGGAUUUUAUGAUUCUGUGCCUCUUAGUCCUUUCUCCCUUAUGUAUUCUAACGCCAUAUUCAGCCCUGCUAUUUGAAUGGUUAUAGCUUCAAACCAGUGUUUGAAUAAGUAUUAAGGAACAUUAAAUUAAAUAAAAGGAAUUUGAAAGAUGCCCUGAAGACACCGGCUGUAGUAAAAUCGUGCUUUUAGAUCCAUAGAAUCAUAACGUGGAAAGAGACCUCUGGCAUCAUCAUCUCCAUCACAGGUAUGGGAUGUGGCAUUCCCAAACCAUGCCACACAGUUACUUAUCCAGUUUCUUUUUGAAAACAUCCAGUGAAGGACAUUCCAUAACCUCUCAUGGCAGCAUGUGCUAUUGUCCUGCUGUUCUUACGUAGUGGUUUUUCAUGAGAUUUAAUUUGCAUUUGCUCCACUGUAGGUUAAAUUUAUUGCACUGUGUCCUGUCUUCUGUGGCAAAGGAAAGCAAUUGUUCUUCCUUUCAUUUAUUGUAGACUUUCAAAUAUUUGAAAAAUGUUUUUGUUCUCACUCCUUAGUCUCCCACCCCCACUCCAGACUAAACCUCCCUGUUUCUCUCAACCUUUCUUUGUUUUCAUUCCAUCCUUCAUAAUUUUUUGUUCAUCUUUGGAUCCUGAACAAGCUUCAGCCAGAGUACUGCAUCCUGAAGUAAAGUGGUCCUGUUACUUCUCAUAGCUCACAUGCAGUACUUCUGUUAAUGCAGCCCAAAACAGCAUUUGCUUUUCUUUCAACAGCAUCACACGGCUGACUCGUUGAAUCUGUGAUAUACCAUAUCCCACAGGUUCCUGCUGGCAGUGCUGUUAAAAAGACAGUUAUCGUCCAUUCUGUAUUGAGCAUUUUUCUUUUUCUUUUUCUUUCCUGUGUCUGGCAUCUUGCAUUUGUCUUUGAAUUAUUGUCCGUACCAGAGCCCUCUAAUCCAAGGGUUGACAAUUUUCUGGCGGAGCACUGGAACGACCCUGCUCAAGUCUGAGUCAGGUCGACACUAGGACUAUGACUGUGGUGCCACAUUGGGAACACUCCCCCUCUGCAAUGCCCUGGGCACCCAACUGCAAUGCAGUCUGGGCAGAGCUUCCCUUCUAUUGAAUCCCCCAGCACCCAAAUGUGGCACAGCCUGGGCAGAGCCCGCAGCUGCUGAAUGCUGCCAAAGCCACAGCUCCAUAGGCUGGAUCCAAAGUCGCCCCAUGGCUGAUCCCACUGACCCAGGUGAGCGCGAACGGCUGCAGGGGGACUGCUUCUCCUGGUGGCCCCACUCCCCGGCUGGCACUCUUGGAGGGGCACCAACGCUCUCGCCUGCCCCCCCUGUCUAGGAAUGCUGGCUGUCGGGUGCACCAGCGCUCUCAGGGGGUGCACGUCCACCCCCUACAUAUCACCACUGAUUCCUGGCUUCCCAAGUGCUUGCAGCGUUUUCCAGUUUUGUCAUCUCCAGACUGUUGCAAUGUCCCAGGACACAACUCUAGCUCCACUGCUGCUGGUUUGCCAGUGAGUCAAUGGAACCAAAUAGAAAUUAAAUAGCCUUUAUUCACUGCCAGCCAAACUAGCAGUGGGGAUACCAGGUACACAAAUCCAGAACUCUGCAGAAAACCUAUAUCUUUAUGCAUGUAACCUUCUGUGAACCAUCUAGUCUCAGGCUUAACACAUGAAUGCACAGAGCUAAGUAGUAUUCCUUUCUCUUACUGAACAGUGCAUUGCCAUGUCAGUCUUCUUUCCACAUUUCUCCUCCUUCUUAUGCAUGGCAUCAGAUAUCAAUUUACAAAUCUAUGAGCCACUGUCUGGUAUUAUCGCUCAAUGUGUGGGUUCCGUCUGUCCUGUCUGGGCAUUUGUAAAGUUUGCAGCUUUCAAUUAAAUGCUGUGCUGUUUGUUAGACACCACAUUCAUGCAGGGGGUUGUCUAAGAUGUUCAUCUUGUAAAGUACUGUUUUGAAGCAUCUAUAUCCUGAUCUGUCUGUUCAGCUUGACCCAUGCUUCUGUAUCAAGGUCAUACCCAAAGGGGACUCAUUUGGUGUUAGUAUAAAAUGCUGUAGAAAUAAGUCUCAUCUUUCCCAGUGGUUGGCCCACUCCAUAGCUGCCCAUGGGUUUGGUUCAGCAUCCCCCAUCUCUUCCAGGAGCUUGCAGGCUUCAUGUGUAAAUGUUUUCCGGCUUUUAAGUCUUCUUAUCCCAGAUUCCUUAACUAUCUGUCUGACUUCCAAACCACUUGGGAGGCUGCACCUUGAUUGAGGUGAUACUGAAUAGAGAAUAUCCACAUUUUGAGACCUCUUAGUCCUCCCAGCAUGUUCACAUCACUGUCACAUUCCUAGGGUGUGCCUGACAAUCAAACAGUCUUGAGACAACCAACAGAGACUUGAUCAGGAGCCUCCCUAUUCCUGCAUUCCAGGUGGUAAUAAAAAUGUUGAACAGUGCCAGGCUUAAAACGGGUCCCUGGGUCUGUACUUUUAUUGUGGCACUGAUAGGCAACAGCCCAGUGCCAAAAGUUGUCAUAUGCUGUUUGUCAGGUGAUAACAUAAUGGUUCGUAGUGCCUUGGGCUGUUAGUGCUUGAUUUAUGGCGCCUGAUGGUGAAAGAGUCUGUUGAGAGUUGCCAUAUUGCUAUACUUGGUGUUUGCCAUGUUAAUUCAACUUGUUGGCCAACACUAAUCUUGAGUUGAAAAUAUAUUCUCCAAAACAUGUAAUCCUAAACUAGUGUAUCUAUUAAGGUUUCUUAAGUAAAAAGAAAGGCAUUAUAUUUGCUGGUAGGCAUAGUCUUAUAGCUCCAUUAGCAUGAUGUUUUGGGGUCUCAGAAUUGUACUUCUGUGAGAUUCAGACCCCUACUAAAGAUAUAGAGGUAAAUGCAAAUGAGGUAAAUGCCAGUGGAGUCUUACUAAAUAUAGAUCACGCCAGAUUAACUCGGUGUGCCUUUGAAUGAAAAGAUAAUUUGUUUUCUAAGCAGGCGAACGUGUACAUUUAUCUGGAUUUCGCUGAAACACUAGGUGUGGUGUUGCCUGGGAAACUGUAUUUGAAGAAGAAGCUGAGGAUUGUAUUAGGUCAAGAGUUGUAACAUAGUUGAAGUGUCUGAAGGGAAGUUGGAUGGGAGCGGGUGAACAAUUGAGCGGGAGGGAAGUUAUAGAUGGAUCUUUCAAGGGUUGGUCUUCAGGACUGACCUUUGUUAAUAUGUCUAUUUAUGACCUUGACACACAAAGUGUGUCAUUAGAAGAAUUUAUUAGUACAGUUGCAUGGCCUUCUUAAUACAGAGAAGGAUCAGAAUAUCAAAAUGGAAGAACUGGGUGAGUCUAAAGACUGGAGUGAUAGAAAGAGGAUGACAGUGAAUAGUAUAAACUACCUACCUGCCCUCCUGUAACGGUGGAGGAGUGGGGUGGGGGGAUGAAUUAAAGAUGACCCUCCAAUAAUUAGAUUCUAUACAUAGAAAAUUAUAACAAAUUUUAUAAUUUUUCCAUGUGUUUAAUCUACUUAUUGAAGGGUUGCUUUAAAUUCAGGGUCACCUAAGAUUCAAGUAAAUACAAUGUAUUCCACUUCAAAUGUGAAGCUACAUGUUAAACUUUCACUCUGAAAUGUGAUGUUUGUAUGGAACACAGUGGCAACUAAUAAUAAAUAUCCAUGCAGUUUGGCUGCUGGCUUCCUUUCUUUUCCUCCAGUAAUACUUGUAUCUUUGAGCUGCUGAAAUUCCAUAAAAAUGGAGAGGAAAAGACUGUUGUCUCUCUGUGUUAUAUAAGGCAUAUUUUCACCACUUUUCUCUCUCACGGAAACUUGAAUUAGCCUAACAGCAUUUAGCAGAACAGAACGGGAGGUGGUUAAGAAGUGCAGUCACUAGUAAACUAACUUUGCCUCCUGAGAACUGAGAGAAGAGGAUAAGCAGCUAUUGAACAUAAUUUUCUGGCUUGCUUUGUGAUGUACCUAAUUUACCUGCAGCAAACUGCAUUCGGUUCUAAUAGAAAACGGGCUAUGCUAUCUACUUCUGAGAUGCUUUUGUUCUCCACAGACCUAACAUAUUAGCAGAACAACAUAAUUUCCUGCCCUGAGGCUUGCAACAUUGUGUAAAUCCUGUAAAAAAAAAAAAAAAAAAAAAAAAAAUCAAUACAUCUGAAAAAGUUGGAGCUUUUUUUCUGUCUGAAAUUUUUCUUCCAGUGUGUCUCAUUUCACACACGGAUAAAAAACUCCCCCAUUACUUAAGAGCUUUUGGCUGCAAGAGCAAGGAGGUACAGUACUUUGCUUCUAUGCAGGGAGCUUUUAGUUUGUCAAACUUCAGAGACUUCUGGAACUUUUUGGGUAACGUUUUCCUGGUUCAUUCUUUUGUCCAUUUAAUACUAUCACUCAUGUUUAAAAUGUGUGCCAUACAGCUAUAAAAUACCCUUUUCAUCGGUGGGUUCCGAAAGUGAGAAGACACUCAUUCUGAAAACAGUGAAAUAGGUUGGGAAAAUGAGUUUUUAAACUACAGCUGCCUCUUAUGAGCCUCUUUUUAAGUCUCAGCCAUUUUUCUGGGUAAAUGAUAUCAGUGAUUAAUACUGAUAGUACCUGAACCUAUGAGCUAGUUCCAAAAAUGGCAGCUGGGGCUUAGCUUGGUAUUACGAGUCCUAAGCAUUCCAAAAAAUCUGAGUCAAAGACAUUGGCUUGAAAAUGUAGAUUCCAUUUGAAGAAAACAGGAAAGCGUGUUUGCUUGAGCCUUUUGUUUGCCCUUCCACCGCAUUUUAAGGACAAGGAACUUGCAAUGAAACAAAAAAAGGGUCAAGAUACUCACUUCCAUGGUUCCAGAAGGUCAGCCUUCAUGAAAAGCCAAAUAGCAUGAAACUUAUGAUGAAAUCACUGUAAUGCAGACACAUCUUUGAUAGUGAACAG